AGGAGCGGCCGUGACGUGCAAGUAACUGCGCCCCUGUCGGGCGUGUUGUGUCCCCGGCCGGAGCCCACUCUGUUGCUUCCCGGCGCGCAUUCGUGAAACAGGGGCGCGACGAGCGCCUCUGCCCUGCCUGCGCUCCUGCCAGGACUCCGCGUGAAUCUCCCGCGUCUUGCCUCGGCCCGGCCAGCCUCUGGACGCUCUGUGGACCCGGGGGCUGCAGAGGACGUGGGGAUCCGGUGCGCCGUGGCAGUCGCCCUUGGGCCCGGCCGCUACUGCUGGCUCCAAGCGCAGACCCGGAGCUCGAGGACACAGGUGUCCAGUUUCCUUUGACCUUGAAGACCUGGGAAGGUUAUAUGCGCCAUGGCUAUGACUGGUGUCAGAUUGCCUGCCAGUGUUCUGAGAAAGCCAGAUGUCUGGAUUGGACUCUGGGGAGCGCUACAAGGGACACCAUCGUAUAAACUCUGUGCUUCCUGGAAUCGAUACUCACAUUUUUCUAGUACCCAGUUAAACACAUCAAAUUGUAAAACAUUUUUCCAUAACAUUUUCUCACUGAGACUCCCAGGGCUUUUAAUAUCUCCAGAAUAUAUUUUCCCACUCUCCAUAAGACUUAAAAGUAAUAUAAGCUCUAAAAAAUCCACUAAGAAGACUCUGCAAAAAGCCGAGGAUGAAGAGGACUCUGAUGAUGAGAGUGAUCGUGAGAUGAGUGAGCAGGAAGAGGAGCUCGAGGGUGACCCCAGUGUGGUCAAAGACUAUAAAGACCUGGAGAAAGUAGUGCAGUCUUUUCGGUAUGAUGUUGUCCUAAAGACGGGCCUAGAUGUCGGGAGAAACAAAGUGGAAGAUGCAUUCUACAAAGGUGAACUCAGGCUGAAUGGGGAAAAAUUAUGGAAGAAAAGCAGAACGGUGAAAGUGGGAGAUAUAUUGGAUCUUCUAAUUGGAGAGGAUAAAGAAGCAGAAACAGAGACAGUGAUGAGGGUUCUCCUGAAAAAAGUGUUGGAGGAGAAAACGGAAAGUGAAAAGUACAGAGUGGUGUUACGCCGGUGGAAAAAGUUAAAGUUGCCUAAAAAGAGUAUGUCUAAAUAAAUGGAUGGCUUUUUAUUGAUAAAAACUGCUUUCUAGUGAUGGGGGGAAGGGCCAGCUUCAAAAGAGGACACUUUUAUUAAAAUAAAAUUAUCUUACUUUAGUGGAA